AUGGUGCUGCUGCUGCUGGUGGCCAUCCCGCUGCUGGUGCACAGCUCUCGCGGCCCGGCGCACUACGAGAUGCUGGGUCGCUGCCGCAUGGUGUGCGACCCGCACGGGCCGCGAGGCCCGGGACCCGACGGCGCGCCCGCCUCCGCGCCCCCAUUCCCGCCCGGCGCCAAGGGAGAGGUGGGCCGGCGCGGGAAAGCAGGUCUGCGAGGACCCCCGGGACCGCCAGGUCCCAGGGGGCCUCCGGGAGAGCCAGGCAGGCCAGGUCCCCCAGGUCCUCCAGGCCCAGGCCCCAGCGGGGUGGCCCCCCCUGCGGGGUACGUGCCUCGAAUCGCCUUCUACGCGGGCCUGAGGCGGCCACAUGAAGGUUAUGAGGUGCUGCGCUUCGACGACGUGGUGACCAACGUGGGCAAUGCUUAUGAAGCAGCCAGCGGCAAGUUCACCUGCCCCAUGCCCGGAGUCUACUUCUUUGCUUACCAUGUGCUCAUGCGCGGUGGCGACGGCACCAGCAUGUGGGCCGACCUGAUGAAAAACGGACAGGUCCGGGCCAGCGCCAUUGCUCAGGACGCAGACCAGAACUACGACUACGCCAGCAACAGCGUCAUCCUGCACCUGGAUGUGGGCGAUGAAGUCUUCAUCAAGCUGGACGGCGGGAAGGUCCACGGCGGUAACACCAACAAGUACAGCACCUUCUCUGGCUUCAUCAUCUACCCGGACUGAGCCGGGACCCCAGCCCCAGCCCCGGCUUGCCCCGCGCCUGCCUCCGCCUCGACUCCCCUCCUUAUCGACGCCUUCAGCUCGCCGGGACCCAAGACCCCACCCCAUCCUCUGAGAGCUGACUGUGGGCUCGCCGCCCCUCCCCUCCCCUAGAGGUCUCUUAUUGGCCAACUCUUGGUGCUCCUGGGCAUUAGUGGCUGCUGAGCAGAGGUUGGGCCAUAGCUGGAGCAAAGUGACUUGGGAAGGGACAACCCACACCCUACAUGCCUGUGAGAGUGGGAGCAGGAAGGGGAGAGGCCGCAGUCCUCUCUUCUGCAGGCGAUUGGGGAUCAUUUUCAUUAGUUGGAGCUAGAGGCACCAAAAGCAGAAGGAAGCCCUGGCGUCUUGGGAGGCAGAGAAAAAGGAGGAGCCCAUCGGAGUGAGAACAGAGCGCUUGGGAAGGGGUCGGGCUGGUCCUGUGUUAUGAAGACUUUCUCUGGCCACCCCUCUCCUCCCCUCACCUCCAUUAUCAGGCUCCUGGCUCUGGCUGAGGCAACUUUCCUAAGAACUGGAGGAACCAGUGAAUUCUGUCCUAGCCUUUAAAGCUCAUUCUGUACAGUCCUUGUUUCAUCCCCAUCCCAGCUAGGCCCUGGGGCUAUAGCUGCUAUCGCCUCUUCCAAUAAAGGAAAUUGGAGAAUGUGUGUGCCUCUUAACUUGGUGCACAGAGUGGGGGCAAGUGCCUGACCCUUUUCCUCACUCCU